GGCCGCACCAUGCCCGGCCCGGGCCCGCUGCUGCUCCCGCUGCUGCUCCCGCUGCUGCUCCCGCUGCUGCUCCCGCCCCUGCUGGGCCAAGCUUGCCCGGCCCCGAUCCGCGGCUGCAAGUGCGCGGCGGACAGACCCAAGGGGGCGGCGGGGGCGGCGGGGGCGGCGGGGGCGGGGGGCGUCCCCCCCAGCCCCAGCCGCCGGAGAGUGGUCUGCAGCGGCGGGGACCUCCCGGACCCGCCCGAGCCCGGACUGCUGCCCAACGGCACCGUCACCCUGCUCCUGGGCAACAACAGGAUCGUGGGCCUGAGGAACUGCUCCUUCCAUGGGCUGCACGCGCUGGAGAAGCUGGACCUGAAAAACAACCUCAUCAGCACAGUGCAGCCUGGAGCCUUUUUGGGACUGGGGAAGCUGAAACGUCUAGACCUCUCCAACAACCGGAUUGGCUGCGUCUCCUCUGCCAUCUUCCAGGGACUCUCUAGCCUCCACCGACUAAACAUGUCCGGGAACAUCUUCUCUAGCCUGCAGGCUGGGGUGUUUGAUGAACUGGAUUCCUUGAAAGUUGUGGACUUUGGCACGGAGUACCUGACCUGUGACUGCCGCCUGCGCUGGACCUUGCCCUGGGCCCGCAACCACUCGGUGCAGCUGUCGGAGCAGACCCUGUGCGCCUACCCCAGCCCCCUGCGCGGCCAAGCCCUGCGCGGCCUCCGGGAUGCCCAGCUCCGCUGUGCGGGCGCCCCGGAGCUGCACACUCACCACGUGAUCCCCUCGCUGCGCCAGGUGGUGUUCCAGGGCGAUCGCCUGCCCUUCCAGUGCACCGCCAGCUACCUGGGCCGCGGCACCCGCAUCCGCUGGUACCACAACCGGAUGCCCGUGGAGGGUGACGAACGGGCAGGUGUCAUCCUGGAGGAGAGCCUGGUUCACGACUGCACCUUCAUCACCAGUGAGCUGAUCCUGUCCGACAUCCACGUGUGGGCUUCCGGGGAGUGGGAGUGUUCCGUGUCCACCGCCCAAGGGAAUGCCAGCAAGAGCGUGGAGAUUGUGGUGCUGGAGACUUCGGCUUCCUACUGUCCCGCCGAGCGAGUUGCCAACAACCGGGGAGACUUCAGGUGGCCCCGCACCUUGGCGGGCAUCACCGCCUACCAGUCUUGCCUGCAGUACCCUUUCACCUCUGUGCCCCUCGGCGGGGGCUCCCCGGGCACCAGGGCCUCCCGCCGCUGCGGCCGUGCCGGCCGCUGGGAACCAGGAGACUACUCCCAUUGUCUGUACACCAAUGACAUCACCCGGGUGCUCUACACCUUUGUCCUGAUGCCCAUCAAUGCUUCCAACGCACUGACCCUGGCGCACCAGUUGAGGGUGUACACUGCCGAGGCGGCCGGCUUCUCCGACAUGAUGGACAUUGUCUACGUGGCUCAGAUGAUUCGUAAAUUCCUGGGCUACGUAGACCAGAUAAAGGAGCUCGCGGAGGUGAUGGUGGACAUGGCCAGCAACCUAAUGCUGGCGGAUGAACACCUGCUGUGGCUGGCCCAGAGAGAGGACAAGGCCUGCAGCGGCAUCGUGGGGGCUCUGGAGCGCAUCGGGGGGGCCGCCCUCAGCCCCCACGCUCAGCAUAUCUCUGUGAACUCGCGCAACGUGGCUCUGGAAGCUUACCUCAUCAAGCCCCACAGCUACGUGGGCCUCAGCUGCACGGCCUUCCAGCGACGAGAGGGAGGAGGGGGCCUGGGGCCAAGGCCCGGCCCCCCGAACCAGGAUCCCCGGCCGGACCCCGAGCCCCCCUCCGACCAGCAGCUCCGCUUCCGCUGCACCACUGGACGGCCUAACGUCUCUCUGGCUGCCUUUCACGUCAAGAACAGCGUGGCCCUGGCCUCAAUCCAGCUGCCCCCGAGUCUGUUCUCAACCCCGCCGGCCGCCCUGGCCCCCCCAGUCCUCCCAGACUGCACCCUACAGCUGCUCGUCUUCCGCAACGGACGCCUCUUCCGAAGCCAUGGGAACACCUCCCGCCCGGGGGCUUCUGGGCCGGGCAAGAGGCGUGGAGUCGCCACCCCGGUGAUCUUCGCGGGAACCAGUGGCUGUGGGGUAGGGAAUCUCACGGAGCCCGUGGCUGUCUCCCUGCGACACUGGGCCGAAGGGGCUGAUCCCGUAGCAGCUUCCUGGACCACGGAGGGCCCUGGAGGGCCGGGAGGGCCGGGAGGCUGGAGCUCUGAGGGCUGCCAGCUCCGCUCCAGCCAACCCAACGUCAGCUCCCUGCACUGCCAACACCUGGGCAAUGUUGCCGUGCUCAUGGAGCUGAGCGCUUUUCCGCAGGAGGCGGGGGGCGCGGGAGCAGGGCUGCACCCUGUCAUCUACCCCUGCACAGCCCUGCUGCUGCUCUGCCUCUUCUCCACCAUCAUCACCUACAUCCUCAACCACAGCUCCAUCCAUGUCUCGCGGAAGGGCUGGCACAUGCUGCUUAACCUCUGCUUCCACAUGGCCAUGACCUCGGCCGUCUUCGCAGGUGGCAUCACCCUCACCAACUACCUGAUCGUCUGCCAGGCCGUGGGCAUCACCCUGCACUACUCCUCGCUGUCCACGCUGCUCUGGAUGGGGGUGAAGGCCCGCGUGCUCUACAAGGAGCUCACCUGGAAGGGGCCGCCCCCCCAGGACGGGGGGGACCUCGGUCCUCCUGCCCCACGCCCCAUGCUCCGGUUCUACCUGAUCGCUGGGGGCAUCCCACUCAUCAUCUGUGGCAUCACGGCUGCUGUCAACAUCCACAAUUACAGGGAUCACAGCCCCUACUGCUGGCUGGUAUGGCGUCCGAGCCUGGGGGCCUUCUACGUGCCGGUGGCCUUGAUCCUGCUGGUAACCUGGAUCUACUUCCUCUGUGCCGGACUGAGCUUGCGAAGGAACCGGGGGCAAGGCCCCAAGGGGGUGCCCGGCGGGUCCUCGCCCGAGCCGGGUGAAGAGCUCCCGGCCCGACUCCGAGCCAGCGGCCCCCUGCUAAGCGACUCGGGCUCCCUGUCGGCGGCCAGGGGGCCGGGGGGGACUUCGUCGGGCGCUGGAGGGGCCGGGGAUGGGGUCUACGGUCCUGGGGCCCAGCUGGGGGCCCUAGUGACCACCCACUUCCUGUACCUGGCCCUGUGGGCCUGUGGGGCUCUGGCCGUGGCCCAGGACCGGCUGCCCCAGGUGCUGUGCAGCUGCCUGUACGGGGUGGCCGCCGCCGCCCUGGGCCUCUUCGUCUUCACCCACCACUGCGCCCGGCGCCGAGACGUCCGGGCCUCUUGGCGCACCUGCCGCCCGGCCCCGCGAGGGCCGCCCCGCCCUCUGCCCGUCCCCACCGAGGAGAGCUCCCCGGCCUUCGGGGAGCGAUCCCCCUCCCUCAAGUCCUCCCCGGCCGGCGGCGGGGGCGACCACGCCUCACACCUCGGCCCCUGCAAGCUCACCAACCUGCAGGUGGCCCAGAGCCAGGCCUCCGAGGGGGGCACGGCCUCUCGGGGGGAGGAGCCCGAGCCCCCCGCCCCCCGUGUCCCCACCUCCCGCCACCCCAACGGUCUCCACCCCGGGCGCCGGCCGCACAAGAGCCGGUGCAAGGGGCAGCGGGGCGGAGAGGGGGGAAGCAAACAGCGGGCGAAGGCCCCCAGGGGAGGGGCGGCCCCGGCCUCGGAGCCGCCGCCGUCCAGCGAGAGCGGCAGCCUGCGCCACAGCCCCACCGGGAGCUAUCCCGGCAGCAACUGCAACAGCCCGGGGACCGGCCCGCGGGGCGGGGAGCCCGGCCCCACGCCCUCAGAGGGCAGCGACGCCAGCGGGCCUCCGGGACCCGAGCUGGGGAGGGCGGCCCAGCGCCGCAGCGCCAGCCGGGACAACCUCAGAGGAGGGGCGGGGGGAGGCCUGGAAAAGGAGAGCAAGCGCCGCUCGUACCCCCUCAAUACCGCCAGCCAGAACGGGGGCCUGAAGGGCGGCAGGUACGACGACAUCAACCUGGCCGUUGGGGAGGGGGCGGCUGGCAGCUGCAUGAAGACGGGUCUCUGGAAGAGCGAGACCACGGUCUAG